GAAGAAAAGAAAAGAAAAGAAAAGAAAAGAAAAGAAAAGAAGGAAUAAACUAAAGGGUGUAAGGGUAUAGAAAUUAAGGAUCGAUAAGAAAAAUGUCUCUAUUUUAUGUGAAAAAGAUGUCCGUAUUGUUCUCGAACUUUAAUUCUAUUAUGCAAUUUGUCGCGUAACGGAACGGCGCGCGCGGAAAAAUCUAAGAGUUGAACUAAGGAUCAACGAUACGAUUGAUUCCAAGGAAAAAUGAAGGAAAUAAAAGUGAUUGGGAGAAGAAAGUACGGGUCCAUCGACGAAUGGCGACGUCCCUGGGAGAAAGGGGCGAGAAAGGGGGCGAGUACGACGCCAUGUCGACGUUCAUCCUCUAGUUCGCUCUCGUUGCAGCCCUCGUCUAAAAGGCAAACUCGUGUCUGGAAAAAGUCGCGAAAAGGAAAGGUCGAAAAAAAAGGAGAGAGACGGAAGGAAGAAAAGCCAAAGCUCGUAGAAAUCACUGACGAAAUCACUCUUGCACGAAGCAUUGGGCUAUGAAUGAAGACCCAACCCUUUCAUCUCGAGGUUUUGGCAGUUUUGCUAUUGUCAGUAAUACCCUGGCCAGGUCCAACUGUUUUUAAGAUAUCAUGCCCCCGCGAUCGUGCUUCGGUAGUGAGGAGGAUAGUUCACAAGAGAUGGAUGCCCAUCCUAAAGAAAUAUCAAGUGGAGUUACCCUUAGAAUGUCCCUUUCACGAAAGUCGAGACAUCUUUCGACCUCAGCAACGGGCAAAGCAUCAGUACAGACCAUCGCAAUGGACCUGCGGCCUUUGCGGCAAGUCUUUUUACGCCGAAAGACAUCUCGACGCGCACUUCGAUAACAGACAUAAAAGUAACGUUAAUACGGCGGAGGACGCCGUGUGCCUUGCCGACUACUGCGACAUUAUGAGAUGCGACGUCUUGGGAAAUCGUGACUUUGAAAGUUCGAUGGACGAUGAGGACGACGACAGCGGUCAUGUCAACACCGACAUACAGGUGUGGAAGGAGAAUACGGAACAGCGCAGUACGUCGGUCGUACCGUGUUCUCGAGACCUCGCAAGGACAUAUCGUCCUUCCUCUUCAUCUUCCACGGACAAGUCGUGCGCACUCGCUGCCACGAAGAACGACUUACAGCGUUCGUACUGUCGACGAGCCGACGCGGAUGUCCUUAAAAAUCAUCGGCUCGCCGAUUCCUCCUCUUAUCGUCGCAACGAAAUCGCUGGUCCUGAGAAUAAUAGCGACGCUUGCGACAAUGACGACGAGGACGACGAGGACGACGAGGAUGACGAGGAAGAGGAGAAAGAGGAGGAGGAGGAGGAGGAGGAGGAGGAGGAGGAGGAGGAGGACGACGACGACGACGAUGACGAGGAGAAUCUGGUAGAAGCCGCUCUACCUGCCGUCGAUAAAAGGCAAAGACGCAGAAGAAUACAUCUUAGGAAACUCAAGUCCAACUGCAAGCCUGAGGAACUUCAAAAGCUCAAGUUACAAUGUGAAAUACUCGUCCGCGAUUGUAUCGCAGGACUUCUCGCAAAUCUCUCGGUUCGAGAAUUCCAAGAAAUCGAAGGUGAACUGAACCGGGCGAUCUGUUGGUAUUUGAGUUGCGAUAGAUACUGGGAAGAUACCAAACGGCAACAACGUCAGACACCUUGGUAUCUGCUCGCUACGUUUAUGGCUCUUUUCUGCAUCUCGAUUUAUGCCUGCUAUUACGUCAUCUGGGUUCUCUUCAAUACCACUGACGAGGAGAGGCUCGAUCAUACGGGAACUUUAGGUUACAACGAUGGAAGUCUUACGGGUGCAUCAUCGUUGCACGAUCAGAGCGGUCAUGGCGAUGGUAGAUCGGUAGAUAGACGAAAAAUGGAAGGAGGAGACGAUAAUCUAGUAUCUACGAACGAAGAAAUGCCGGAUCACUACAUAUACGUCGCAUAUCCACCGGAACUGAAACGUCGUCUCUUGGAAAGGUAUCUCUUGGAACUUUAUACAGGCUUCCUCUUUGAUUACGUACGUUGUGCAUAUGUAUGAACAACAUAUGUACAAAUCGAUCGAUGCGACGUUAGCGAGUACUUCUUUCCGUAGCUGCUACAACAGGACUACCAGACUAUGAGACUGAAACGAAAGAAGACGAUCGUUUCGUAUUCAUCUUGAAUAGGACUGCGCUGCGAAUGAAGGCACUCUUUUCUCUCUCUCUCUCUCUCUCUCUCUCUCUCUCUCUCUGUCUGUUUGUCUGUCUGUCUGUCUGUCUUCGUGUUUUGUAUACCAAAUCUAUUCGAAUAAAUUGCAAGGUACGAGAGGAAUCUUCCAUCGUAGAAAUAACCGAAAGAGUUAUAGCAAAAAGACCGGCUUUAAAGUCUCUCGCAAUUGAACCUAAAACAUGUUUUAUUUGUCAGAAAGAAAAAAAAGAAAAGGAAAAGAAAAACAGAAGAAAAACGAGAAGACACUAUGGUAAUCUUAAAAAAAUGCAAUUUUGUAUAAAGUAGGAAUAUCGGACUAGAUAGACUAAUAAUGGACCCUAUAUAUGAGUUUCUCCGAGUCUAAAACCAAUAUGUCAUCUUUAUGGAACCAUCGGAGUCACGCUGAGUGUCCAUCACGCUCGAUUGCCGAACAAGCCGGCGAACGCUCGCACCGGUCGGUCGUUGUUGCUCCUCUAAAAUUCUUUGCGAUAUCGCUUGUGUCGAUGUAGUUUGAGCUAUUGGAAGUUCGGGUACCUCGUGCAUCUCGACGGUUUCUCUUUCCGACAGGUCCUCGUAGGAAGCCGCCGCCGACGAAGGUCUAAGGAUAAAAAUCAUUAAUUCGGACGCUUAUCCUUCCGAAUAUAAAAGAAAAUAAUAAUAACUGUCUACGAAGCCUACUUGGUAGGUAUGCAUCGAAUACAAUCGGCACAGGUCCAAUCCUUCCCAAAGAGUUCUCCCUCUUCCACCGUUUGCGGAAGUCGAUGGUGUAGAGUUUCCGGUAACCGUAAACCCGAAAGACCGCCGAUCACCGAGACGCAACCUAAGAUCACCAAAGGCAACACUAGAUUCUCCUUACCCUGUAAAUCAAAGCAUAUUCUGUAAUAAAGAACAUUGUCUCAA